AUGAACGGGCACUUGAACGUCUUGAGAUGGUCAAGAGAAAAUGGCUGCCGGUGGGAUAGCAACACUUGCACUUUUGCGGCUUCCAAUGGACACUUUCAGGUUCUCCGAUGGGCUCGAGAAAAUGGAUGUGCGUGGGACAAGGGAACCUGUUCCUCGGCAGCUCAAAAUGGGCAUUUGAGGGCUCUACAAUGGUCCCAUGAGCGUGGUUGCCCCUGGGAUGAGUCAACAUGUGGACGCGCUGCUAUGAAUGGACACUUGCAUAUCCUCAAAUGGGCUCGGGAACAUGGAUGCCCUUGGGAUGAGAGGACUUGUGCAUGUGCGGCCAUGAACGGACACUUGGAGGUGCUUAAAUGGGCACGCAAGCACGGGUGUCCAUGGGAUGAAAAUACCUGUGGGGGAGCCGAAGCCAAUGGGCACAAAGCAAUUUUGGAAUGGGCUCUCAAAAAUGGAUGCCCGAGCUGGGAGGGGCUAAUUGAUUCGAGGGACACCCCUACUGGGAGAGCGGGAAAUGCAAGUCGUAGGGAAAGUCGUGCGAGUCGUAGGGAGAGAAGUGCCAGUGCCAAUCCCAGAGAGCACAGUGCUACCGCCAGUGAAAAUACUCAAGGGGGUUGGGCCUGGUCUAUCGUAGCAAAGAUUCCACAAAUCAAGUUUGUUUAA